GCCAUCAACUCUCCCUUUCUAGAAGAACACACCAGCAGAGGGAAACAGAUGCAUAAACAUUUCAGGGCAUCUUUCUCCUCGGCAGCAACAGACUCCUCCUAUUCCCCACGUCCAAUUAGUUAUUAUGGUCCGGCCCUUUAAGACGCAGCAGCGGGUCAGCAAGUAGCGUAGUGUUUCUCUAAUUGAACUUCGCCCAAUCAACAAUAACUCGUUAGCAGUCGCUUUCUUUUUCUUGGUGCCCGAGAAAGCUUUUUCCCCUUGCAGGGAUUCACCCCCUCCAGUCUGUUACUUCCUAAAGAUCUACAUGGAGCUUGGCAGAUGACCUGCGACUCUCUGAGGGGGAAUACAGUCCGGCUGCCUUCACAACUACGCCCGAAGCAUGGUUAUUUCGGAGGAAAGCUCUCAGGCGAGCUAAGUUGCAGCAUUCGGCUUUAAAGUGUCAAAAUAUAGUGGAGGUCCAGGAGAAGCCCGAACGCCGGAGGAGAACUUGUGGAUCCGCCAUUUGAAUGAAAUAACCAACUUUUUUUGCAAGCAGCGAUUCUUCGGGACUGCGAUGACCUCCAGUAAAGACAUGAAGGCAGGUUCUGUGUUGCAGACCAGCGGCGAGGAGAGGAGACGGGCUCCCCUGGAUCAGCUGCCGCCACCGGCCAACUCCAACAAGCCGCUAACGCCGUUCAGUAUCGAGGAUAUCCUAAACAAACCCUCCGUUAAGAAGUCGGUCGCGAGUAUCUGUCCGCCCAGAGUGCUGGAGAAAGUUACGGGCUCCAACUCGGCGAGGAACGGGAUCACCACGCCGUCCUCUCCGCUGUGCGCGCUGGAGGAGCUGGCCAGCAAAACGUUCAAGGGUCUGGAAGUGAGCGUGAUCCAAGCAGCAGAAGGUCGUGAGCAUGUAAACGCCUUCGGACAGAGGCAGACGUCGAAAAAGAGGAGAAAGUCGCGGACGGCCUUCACGAACCACCAGAUCUACGAGCUGGAGAAGAGGUUCCUGUACCAGAAGUACCUCUCUCCGGCCGACCGUGACCAAAUCGCGCAGCAGCUGGGACUCUCCAACGCGCAGGUCAUCACCUGGUUUCAGAACCGCAGGGCCAAACUCAAGAGGGACCUGGAGGAGAUGAAAGCGGACGUGGAGUCGCUAAAGAAAAUCACCCCACAGACCCUGCAGAAGCUCGUCACCAUGGAGAACAUUGAGGAUCCCCAGGGUGGGGGGCCCGAGGCCAGGUCGCCCAGCGUCUCCCCGACCUCUCAAGGACACAGAGCCUUCCCACAGUCCCCCUCCUCGUCCAGAGACCAAACCACGGAUGAAUUCUCGGAGGACGACGAGGAGAUCGAGGUGGACGAUUGACAGUCAGGGGGCUCUGUGAUUUUCAUAAACAGCAACAAUAAAAGAAAAUGAAAACGGGGACAUUUUUCUUCCCAAACUUUUGCACGGAUAUUGACAAAAGGAGAAUAUAUACAUAUAUGAACACUACGGGAAAGUUUUUUUUUCUCCCCCCCACCUGUUUUAUUUUUUUCUCCGUUUUAAUUUAUUAAUCGGACUUGUAAAGCCAUCCAAGUCUGUCGUUUAAGUCUCACUGAGGAAUGUCUGUUUUCCUUUCAUACAGACCGACCAGUUAAGGUACUGGAAGGCUGAAAAUUGUGUAAACAUUUUAAUAUACAUUUUAAUAUUACACAUUCAUUUUGAAAGAGGGGCAGACAAAGUUGUGCAAUUACUUUUGGUUGCCAUUUAUCCACCUAUUUUUCUUCUGUUAAAGGAAUCGGAUCUGCCAAUUAUUUA